AUGGAUCUCACAGCUAUUUCUGUCUCACAUCUGUUCAAAACACCUGCAACAAGAGAAAGGCUUCUUGCUUUCCGAAGACUUGACCCUGCAGUAAGAUCAUUCAAAGCAAACACCCAGGAUUCACAAGAGAAAUUUGCUGAGAUCGAAGACUAUGUCGGGAGUGUUGAAGAGCUGGACAAGAAGUAUGCAGACCUUCAACAAGUUGCGGUGCUCAAGGAUCACAAGAUUGCUGAUCUCGAAAAAGCCCUCCAAGACGCCAAGACCCAGACAACUAAAGUCCUGAUCAACACUGACUAUGAGAAGCAUGAGCUCAUGGAAGGUGCCAAGGGAAAAGACUGGGACAAGGGUCAGAAUGUAUAUUGUCUGCUAGAUGCAACAUUUACAGACAAAACUGUGGUUGAAGAAAUAGCAAAGUUUUUAAGAGAGAGCAGGAUUGGGAAAGCUUUAACUGACAAAACAAUCAUGUAUGAAUCUCAUGUGAGAACAUUCUGGAACUCAGCAAGAUACGAAGAAGCUGAUAAGAUGAUUCAUUCUACUGUAAGAAAGAAGGAUGAAAAAGGAAAUGACAUAGACUUGGAAAUUAAGUUUGGUGUUGAAGAUCUUAGACGAAUGUUAGACUUAGGAGAUUCUGACAAUGAUCUGACCAUCAUUCCCGAACGUCUAAUUAAAGGAUUAUGGUGCAGAAUGGGAUUCACGGGGCAUAUCAAUGGAAAGAUGAUAAAAACAAUGUUCUCUAGUGCUUACAGGUUCAUGAUUCACUGUGUGAUACAUGCUCUAUCUCACAGGAAGGGAGCAUACGAUGAAGCAUCCGAUUAUAUCAUGAACAUAAUCACAUGUUUGGUUCUGAAUAGACCGUACAAUGUUUCACAAGUGAUUUUUGAGUACAUGUUAGAGAACAUAAGAGCUGGAAGCAAUAGAUAUAUUAUAUAUCCACGAUUCAUCAUGAUGAUGAUUGAUGAUCAGUUCAAGGAUAUUCCAAAGAAUAAUGGUGAUAUUGUGGGUCUGAGAAACAUGACAUCUCAAACCAUUACUAGACUGACCAAAGGAACUGAUGAAAGUGUUAAGGGAAUGAUAUGUAAAAUCAGCAACCCAGCAUAUGUUGCUCCAGAGAAUGAUAGAUGGAGACAUGAGAAAAGUGAUUCUGACAAUGAAGAUGGAAGAAUGAGUGAGAUGGUUGAGAGAAAACCAGAUGGUGGGCCUUCUGUAGAGCCACAACAAAGAUUGGUGGAUGAAACAGUGAUAGAUCCUUCAAGCAUUCCACAAGAAAGUAUUGAUCUGGCAAAGGUAACAUUGGAACAAUUCAUACAGCUCAAUGAAGCUGCAGGUGCUACUCAGAAAGAUCAAAGUUCAAGUGUUCAAGCUGAAGUUGUCAAAGCUGCAGAGCCUGAAGGUAAGGUUCAAGAUGAUUCAAGUGAAGAUGAUUCUGAGGCUACUGAGUCAAAAUCAGAACUGGAUCCUUUAACACUUGGGAGAGGUAAAGCUCAAUUGAAGAAAAAGCCUACAAAGAAGCAUAAAGGAUCAGAUGAAGAAGAUUCUACUUAUGUGCCACCUGAGAAGCCAAAGAAGCAAAGAGCAAAGCGCAAGGUUGUUCAAGCUGGAGUGAUUCCAAGAAGGGUUCGUGCAAGAAAAGGUGGUGAUACACUGCCUAAAGAAAAAGAUGGAAAGAAAGAAAAGCAUGUUGAUACGUCAAAGGUUGCUGAAGCAGAAAAGAUACAAAGUGUUGAGAUUCUGAAGGAACCAGAGGUGCAAAGUGUUGAAGUACCUGAGGUUAAAAUUCAAAAGAAAACAGUUGGUGAUGAUUAUGUUGAAAUCACGGGGUAUAAAGCAGCUACACCUCCACCACCACCACCACCACCACCACCACAAGAUCAACCUGAAUCCUCUUAA